UGGGUCUGCACAUUGAGAAAGUGCAGCUGCAAAUGAGCCAGCGCUCUCGGUGAAUGCGUGUGUGUUUAAGACGCGGAGCUGCGCCGCGCUGGAGGUGCCAACGCAUCCAACAGAGAGGCGAGCGAGCCAGCGGACCGACGGCACGGAUUAACGCACCAGCCGAGCACAUGGAGCACCUGUUCGUCCUGGCUUCUUUAUCUGCCUUCAUCCCCGUUGCAGAGUCGACUGCAAUCCAGUUCCACCCUGAUGCUGAUGCUUGCCCCCUGGGUUUCUUCCCCUGUGGGAAUCUCACCAUUUGCUUGCUGCAGCUCUUCCACUGCAAUGGAAAUGUGGACUGUGACAAUGGAGCCGAUGAGGAGAAUUGCGUUGAUGACAAUGGCUGGCCUCAACUCUUUAAUUCAUUUAUGAAGACAAAAACCGAAGAGCCAAAAGAAUGUUUGCUGGAUGUCUAUCCAGAGCAAUGCACCUGUGAAAGCCGAAAAAUCUUGUGCAUACAGAAGGAUCUGGAGGCUGUGCCAGCUGUAUCAUCCAAUGUAACAGUUCUGGACCUGCAGGGCAACCGUAUCCAGACUUUGCCAGCGGGGCUCUUCAUUCGCUACAAAAACCUGGUGAACCUGAUGUUGCAGAAUAACGGCAUUGUCAACAUCUCUAAUCAAGCAUUUUCAGGACUAGAGAACCUCAAAAAACUGUUCCUCCAUCAUAAUCAGAUUGAAGUGCUUAAGCCAGGAGUCUUCAAGGAGCUGAAGAGCCUUGAUUGGUUAAUUCUUGAUAACAACAGGAUAAGUACCAUCCACCAGAAAUCAUUCACAGGAUUGCAGUCACUCUUCUUUCUGUCUCUUUUGAAUAACUCAGUCAGAAGCCUUCCAAGAGAAUCGUUCUGUGAGGAGCUGCCAAGGUUAAACUGGUUGGAUAUGGAGGGCAACCAAAUCCAGUAUCUGAGGAGCAAAGAUUUCCAGGAAUGCACCAUCAUGACUGUGCUAAUCCUACGCAGAAACCAAAUUCGAGGGAUAGAAAGGGACGUAUUUUCCAGGAUGCGGCUGAUAGAGCUUGACCUCUCAAUGAACCAAAUUAAAGAUCUGCUGCCAUCCCUCUUCCGGAAUCAGCAGAGUCUGAAGCAGCUGAACAUUUCUCACAACCCUUUGGCUCACAUCAAUGACACUCAGUUUGACGGCCUCAUUAACCUGCACUCCCUAAGCAUGGAAGGGAUAGAAAUUCCAAAUAUCCAUAACCGCAUGUUCAGAAAGAUGGAAAACCUGUCUCACAUAUACUUUAAGAAGUUUGAGUACUGCGGCUUCUCCCCUAAUGUGCGCAGCUGCAAGCCCAACACUGAUGGCAUCUCAUCCUUUGAGAACCUCCUGGCUAACAUCAUCCUUCGUGUGUUUGUCUGGGUUGUGGCCUGCAUCACCUGCUUUGGCAAUGUCUUUGUUAUCUGCCUGAGGUCCUGUGUGGUGUCAGAAAACCGACAUCACACCAUGUCCAUCAUGGCAUUGUGUUGUGCGGACUGUCUGAUGGGGAUCUACCUCUUCUUCAUUGGAACCUAUGACAUUCGAUAUUGUGGGGAGUACAACAGGCAUGCCCAGGAAUGGAUGGAGAGCAUGCAGUGCCAGCUGAUUGGCUCUCUGGCCAUGCUGUCCACUGAAGUGUCUGUCAUGCUUCUGACUUACAUGACUGUGGAAAAGUACCUCUGCAUCGUCUUCCCAUUCAGUCCACACCGAGCAGGCAAGAAGCAGACACUCUUCAUCCUCAUCACUAUCUGGGUGUUAGGCUUCAUCAUAGCUGUUGUACCCUUCUUCUACAAGGACUCAUUUGGGAACUACUAUGGGAGAAAUGGAGUCUGCUUCCCUCUCAACUCGGACCAAACUGAAAAGCUGGGAGCCAGCAUAUACUCCACCUCGAUCUUUCUGGGGUUGAAUCUGGUGGCCUUUGUAGCCAUUGUCUUCUCCUACACCACCAUGUUCUAUUCCAUUCGGAAAACGGGAGCCAAGACCGGGGAGAGAAGUGUCUACCAGCGAGAAGUGGCCAUUGCUAAGAGGUUCUUCUUCAUCGUUUUCACCGACGCACUAUGCUGGAUUCCCAUCUUCCUUCUCAAGCUUCUGUCACUGCUGCGGGUUGAAUUCCCAGGCACCAUCACCUCGUGGGUUGUUAUCUUCAUCCUACCCAUUAACAGUGCCCUGAACCCCAUCCUCUACACCAUCACCACUGCUGCCUUCCAAGAGAAACUGAAGCACUGCCUCAAGGCCAAGUGGCAGCAGUCAACCCUCAGAGACAGCCGUCACAGUAUGGCAAUGGUUUCCACACACACCACAGCAGAAUAAAAGCUCCCCAGUGCUCGCUUCUUCAAUUUGGCGUUCUUCCUUCCUCGCUUCACCUGUGUGCACCCGGUGUAUCCACCUCUGUCACCCCAUUCUUCUCUGAGGUGUGUUACAGAUUUGGAACAGGCCACAGACAGCAAGAGAAGUGUACCCUUCAUGUAUUGUCACCAGUGCCAGAAAGCACCUCCAACACCAGGCCAUAAUCCUAAAGGGAUGGUCAUACCAGUGACUUCCAGGAGUUAAAGAAGAGGCAUUUGUGAGCCUUGGAGACUUGCAAGUGGACAGCAAGGACUUCCCAGAAGUAAUCAUAAGCUGCUGCGGCCAAAGCGCUUGCAGAUUAAAUGAGAUUAGACUACCCUCUAGUGGCCCUGAAGGAAAACUGCGACACAUUAGAAUGAAGAAUUCCCCAUCCAUUCCAGUUUCUUUACUGUACCCAAAUGAAACCUACCUCAUGUCUAAGGACAGCAGGAGCAGACUUCCCUCUUUAACUGGGGGCCUAGUGGCCUCCUGCAGGGAGAGGCUUACAGGAACCUCCAACAAGUACAAACACCACAGGAUGAGAUUUUUCCACCCGAGGUACUCGUCUGGCCAGUGGUGUUGUGUCCUUGAUGUGCCACUUCAGCUUUUGUACAUACAAGAGGACAGGAGUGGAAGUUAGGGGGGAGUGUAUUUAGAACUAAAGCACUACUUUACGCAAUGAGUUGUAGGAAUCUUGAACUACAAAAACAUACAGUUGAAGCAGAAAACCUUGUCAGCCUUAAAGACAUACGAGGAUGAUAUACGGAGACAGCUCAGCCAUUAGCUGAACAAAUGAGGUUGACGGACUGAAUGGUCACAUCUCAUUUGUAAAACUGCUUAGCAUCUUAUCAUGCUGGAGAACCUGUGGAUGCCAGUCCAGUUCUGGCCAGCUGCCUGGGUCCUCAAGUCACAUGCCCAUGAAGAGCUCGUGGUGUCAGGAUAACACUACAGUGACUCCCUCCGACGGAUCUCCUCUGCUUUCAUUAGCAGGCUUGUUAUAUCCAGCAGCACUCAGUCUGUAAAUGUUUUUAGUGUAUAUAGUGCCUUUCACAAAGCACUCCAUUCCACAUUGUUACCUCAUAUCAGCACCCUUAUGAAAGGCUUUAAUAAAUACCGUAUACACU